CUGGCUGCGAAUCUCGGGAAACGUUCAGUUUCAUCUGAGACGUUUGGCGCAGCGGUCGAUAAAAAAAGGGAAAAUUCUGGCCGGUCCAACGCAGUCGAAAGUACGAAUUGGAAACCUGAACGCGAAGUUCAUAAUAUUUUAAAUGCAAAUCUUGAAUCAAAAAUUUAAUUAAAUUUAUUAAAAAACUUAAAUAAAUAGUGGGACUAUUAGAAAGUGAACAGAAACUAGUUUCGAAUGCAGUGCUUGUUGGACUAACAUCCUGAAAGUGUCCUGCGGUGCGAAAGUCUUGCAUUUGCCGUCGCUAAUUGUGAGCCACGAACUGCAACUGACAGGCGGCAAUCAUAAAGAAAAGGAAUCGGAAUCGAAAAGGAAAAACUUUUGCUCCAGCUGCCCCUGCGGCCAUUCAGCCACUCGCUUCGGAGGCACUUCAUUGAAAUCCCGGAAAAUUGUCCGACUGCCAAGCCUCAAGCUGGGCGAUUACCGCAAAAUGACACGUGUCAGGCGCAUUGUGCGCUUGGCCUAAAAGUAUGCUGCAUCAUUAGUGUCUGAAGAGCUACACCAACGACAGCGGCACAGCUACACCAACAAAGACAAAAGCAAAACACUGUAAACCAGCAGGAGCGGCAAAAUUGAAAAUGUAUGCUCAUUAGUCUAGGCGGAAGCAGCCAGCGGGAAAAACUAACAACAAAAGCGCAUUUUACAAGGAGCCCCCUCACCAAUCUCCACCCCCCCAGAAACGACAAGUUCCUAAGUCAAAAGGCAACACCAAUUCACAAUUAGCAACAAGGCAGAAUUACGAGUAGGAGGCGGAACCGGAGCGUGCCUGAUGGUUGGAAGGACAGUUGGCAAGAGUCAAGGACGCGCUUGAAAAAUAAUUUGCAAAAGUAUGAACCAGCAUCAGCCGGCGAAAGGCAGUAACUCCAGCUAUCUCGUGCCCCACAAGAUGCCAGCAUCCUCAGCGAGCUGAUGCGCCUGCCAGCCAGCCACUUGAAUCGGAAAAUAAGACAAAUUUUCGGAGAGCUCGCAAAUUAUCGCUAAGGAAAUUGAUAGAUUCGAUUAGCAAUCUAAAAAGCAUAGCAUAACAGCUACCGAAAGAAGAGCUGGGCGUCGUCGUCGUAGUCGUCGUCAGAGACAACAGCCGGCGGCUUCUUUAAUUUGUCAACCAUCCCAGUCAGCCCCUCGGACUUCCGCCAAAUCCAUCGCUUUAAGCCAACAAACAUCAAGUCAUGCCUGAGCAGGAUAAUUACGAUGAUGAGUUGGUCUCCAGCAAUCCGAACCAACGGAACUGGCGUGGGAUCCUCAUCGCCCUCCUGGUCAUAAUCAUUGUCCUGGCCCUGAUUGUAACAUCGGUGGUGCUGCUCACGCCCCCCGAUGAAGGACCUCGCGUCAAGGGGCAGCGCAUCAAGCUGCAGGACAUCGUCGAUGGCCUCUUUUUGCCGCAACACGCCAACGGCAGCUGGAUCGAUGGCGAGGAGUUUUUGUACCAGGACCAUUUGGGUCGCAUCUGUCUGCUGAAUGCAGCCAAUCGCUCGGAACGUGUCCUCAUGUCCAACGUGACAUUUAAAACCCUGGCCCCCUUCACUUUCACCAUAUCGGCGGACAAGCGCUAUCUGCUCCUGGCCCAAAACGUUGUGAAAUUGUUCCGGCACUCGUACCUGGCCCAGUACACGCUCUACGACAUUCAGACCAGCGAGAGCAUCAAGCUGCGCCACAGUGGCCACCAGGAGGAGUGGCCCUAUCUGCACUACGCCCGUUUCACGCCCUCCGGGAAUGCCCUGGUCUGGGUGCAGAGCUACGAUAUCUACUACAGGCAGGAGGUUCGCAGUCCCGUGGUGCAUCGGAUUACCCAUGAUGCGGUGCCCGGAGUGGUGUACAAUGGCAUUCCAGAUUGGUUGUACGAAGAGGAAAUCCUUCAUGCAAAUAAUGCGAUUUGGAUGUCCGACAAUGGCCAACUGAUGCUGUAUGCCACCUUCAAUGAUACGCACGUGCAGGAGCAGCACUUCGCCUGGUAUGGAACGACGGGACCGUCAGGAGGAGCGGCUGCAGCUGCAGCAGCAGCGGGUCUCGGUGGCGGCGGUCAUGGAGGCGGAGCAGGGUCGUCAGGAGGCGGAGGUUCAUCGGCCGGAAGUAAUCCGCACGCCAACCUGUACCCGGAAAUCAGAUCCUUACGCUAUCCCAAGCCAGGCACACAGAACCCCACGGUUACCCUGCGCGUAGCUGACUUGAAGGAUCCCCAGAAAGUUCACAUCACUGACCUGCGGCCACCGCAAAUUCUGGCUCAUGAAGACCACUACUUUAGCAGCGCCAGUUGGGUGAGCCACUCCAAGAUAGCCGUAGUUUGGCUGAACCGACCGCAAAACAUCUCCGUGGUCAGUGUCUGCAAAGCCCCCACCUUCGAGUGCAUUGAGACCCACCGAGUGAGCGGCGAUGGACGCGGGUGGGUGGACACUGUGGCAGUGCCGCUUUUCUCUUCCAACGCCAGUGUGUAUGUGGCCAUCUCACCGCUGCGCGACGGUCUGUUUGGCUAUUUCCGGCACAUCGUACACGUGGACAUUGACAAGAAUCGGGUCCUGCCCCUCACCCACGGGCCCUACGAGGUGAAUCGAUUGCUGCACUGGGAUCAGCUGGAUAAUUGGAUCUACUUCCUUGGCACUCCUGAGCGUCUUCCCUCGCAACAGCACUUGUAUCGCGUAUCCGCCCUGCCAGCCCGCCAAGGCCAGGCUCUGCACAGCCCCGACUGCCUGACCUGUCCGCCGGUAACGCAACGGGCCGAUGGCGUCGAGGAGGGCCACACCAAGUCACCACCGAAACUGGUCACCGCCUGGGACGACGACUGGGAGGACUCUGAGGAGGAAGAGGUCCAGCAGGCUCCGCCUGCGUUGCCAGUGGAACAGCAACGGCCCGGAGGCAGGGGUCAGAGUGCACCGCUACCACCACCGCCCAGUGACUGUCUGUACCAUGAGGCGCAGUUCCCACACUCCCUGCAGGCGCGCUAUGUCCUCAUCGAUUGCCUGGGCCCCGUCGUGCCCACCUCUAUCUUAUAUGGCCUGAAAUCCACAGGUCCUGCCGGAGGACCCAAAGCGAAGAGGCAGAGCACCCAACAGGAGGAACCACCGACGGAGGGAAGCGGGGAGAAGCCGGCUAGCGAAGAGUCCCCCAAGUCUCAGUUUCUGGAGCUCCUAGUCACCGUUCAAAACAACACACGGCUUAAGGAGAAAAUGGCCAAGACAGCCAUGCCGCAGGUGAAGACCUUCCCGGUCAUGAUCUCCGGAGGAUAUCACGCCCAAGUCCGCCUGUUUCUGCCGCCGGUCCUGCGCGAGGAUGAGAUCACCCGGUAUCCCACCAUUUUGCAUGUGUACUCCGGCCCCGGCAGCCAGCUGGUCACCGACCGCUGGCACGUGGAUUGGAAUACCUACCUGGCCGGCAGCAAGGACUACAUUGUGGUCGAGAUCGAUGGUCGUGGCUCUUCGGGUCAGGGCUACCAGCUGCUCCACGAGGUCUACAAGCGGCUGGGCAGCGUGGAGGUCUCCGACCAGCUGGAGGUCAGUGAGUACCUCCGGGAUAACCUCCACUUCAUCGAUGCUCGACGUAUGGGUGUCUGGGGCUGGAGUUAUGGCGGCUACACGGCUGCCCUGGCCCUGGCCGGACAGCAGUCCAUCUUCCAGUGCGGAAUCAGUGUCUCCCCGGUCACCAACUGGAAGUUAUAUGACUCUACUUACGCCGAAAGGUAUCUCAGUUUCCCCAACGUGACGGACAACUACAAGGGCUACGAGGAGAGCGACCUCUCCAAGUACGUGGACAACCUGAGGGAGCGCCAGUUCCUUCUGGUUCAUGGCACCGCCGACGACAAUGUCCAUGUCCAGCAGUCCAUGGUUUUGGCCAGAUCUCUGACCAGCAAGGGAGUGCUCUACAAACAGCAGAUAUAUCCCGACGAAGGUCACAGUCUGUCGGGGGUCAAGCGACAUCUGUACCGCUCGAUGACCGCCUUCUUCGAGGAUUGUUUCAAGAAACUGAUCGAUCAGCAACAACAAAAUCAAUCAGAUUCCAUGGAUUUCCUGGACUUUCAUAGUUUCUAUGGCCGUUAAGCUUGAUAAUCCAUAAUCCCACAUCCUAGCCGAUACUAGGUGCCGCCGGAGUCGAAAGCUGGCCUGGGAAAUGGCGGCGAUAUGCAACAGCAAUAAACAUAAAUUAGGGAAUCAGCAGCACCGACAGAGGAAGCAAAAAAAAAAAUAAACAUAAUUCUGAUAACAAAAGUAUGGAACAUAACAAAACUUCAACCGGAACGUGCGAACGUAAUGUUUUUUGUAAAUUGCAUUAAAUGUGAUUUAUCAUUGACACACCAACACAAACAAACACACACACACAUACAGCCACAAAACACAGACACAGAGCCAGUUAAAUGGCAGGACAACAACAAAAUAAGAGAAACCGAAACAGAAGCAAGAGCAACUAAGUUAAAUGGCAUUUUGUGUAAAAUUAAUAAGCAAAACAGCAGCAGCACCAGGAGCAGCAGCGAAAUUGAAAGCGAAACCGAAACGAAAUGAAAACGAAAUGCCAAGUAAGUGUGCACAAAGAGAAGCAUAAACAAAUAACUGUAUAUGUAUGCGGACAAAGCGAACAAAAUCAACAUGGUUGUGAAAACAUAACUCACACACACACACCCACAGCACAGAACAGAGCCACACACAAACACGAACAAGAGAGCGGGUGCGAGAGAGUACGCAGAAAGGUAGGCAAUAAAAAUUUACACAUGCGGCUUUUCUCCUGUGACAGGUGUGACAUUUCAAUGCCCUUACAAAGGGUAUUCCCAGGUCCAGCAAUCCUUUGGGCAGCAAUUAUCUAUUACUUUGAUUAAGAUUUAAAGUUAAAAAAUAAUUUUUAGUAAAUCAUUUUUAUAUUAAAUAGUGAAAUCUAUCAAAAAGCAAUGUUGUAUAUUUAUUUUGAAAACCAUAAGAAGAGAAUAUGACUCUUCGCCUUAAAAAAAUUUUAAUAACCUUAAGUCGUACUUGUUUCAUUUCCUUGUAAUUUAUGCAUUUUUUGCAUAAACUUCCAAUAGAACGCAAACAGAAAUAAAAUUGAAAAACAAAUUUAUUGAAAACGGUAGAAGCAAGGCAGCAUCUGAGGUUGAGCUACCAGUGUUUGCACGGAAAUGGCCAAGCAUAAAUCAAAUCUGACAACAUUCUAAAUGACAUUUUCGGAUAGUCGAAUGUUUUUAUAUCAUUUGCCCAGGGAAAGUUUUCGAAAAUGUAUAAUGGCUCAUAUGGGACGGAAAGCGGCCCAUAAAUUGCCACUGAAUUUAUGGACUCUCCUCUGAUAAUAAAGAGUCCUGGCCAGGAUUCGAAAAACUGUUGACAGAACCAAUGAUUGAAGUGACAAUUUGUGUACUGUACUUGCUUCGGACAUUAAAUAUUCAUUCAAUUUUAUUUCAAUUCGUCUCUUGUUUGGAUAGAUUAAAUUACGCUUUUAAUUUCGUUUUCGUUACUCGUAAAUUUGAUCAUAAAGUUUACUGCCAAAAAAAAAGAACAAAAACAAGAAAAAAAGAAAAAUAAACUGGAUAAUGUCCGAGAGAUGAGCCUGGCAGGGCAAGAAAUUCGUUUUGCAGUAAAGUUUAAUUAAAUCAAACGAAAUAAAAACGCAGCAAUAAAUAAACCAUAAAUAAUUGAAAUGAAACGAAACGAAUACUUUCGAAUAAAAACUGAAAUAAUUGCAUUUUCAGUAAAGCAAAUGAAUAUGAAAAAAAUACACACAAAUGGCCAAAGUUAAAUUAAAUUAAACAUCGGAAUAUCGGAGUAUAAACUAUGAAAAUUAACUCCACAGAACUUAUUAAGAAAAUAAACCAAUUAAAUAGCUUAAAUGCAUGUAAGUAGCGCAAUAAUAUUUAAAAUAUUUAAUUAUUAAAAUAAUGACUUUGUGUUGAUUCAUACUUUUUUUUUGCCGAACUUCGCACCGAAGACGAAACAAAGUACAUUUCUAAACAAGAGUAGUGGCAGUAGUGUAAUCCAAUUCCCAAAACAAAAUACGAGUAUAUACUUAGUUACUUAAGUCAAGGUGAAUUAAAGAGAUCAAGUGAAAUGAGAAAAAGGUCAAAAAUAGCUGCGAUACACGUUAAAAGUAAAUUUAAAAUGAAAAAAGGACACAACUAAGCUCGAAAUAAAUGCCAACUGCGACUGAGACAGUGGCAGGUGGAACAGAAAAUGAAAGUACGACUCUGCAGCUCAAAUGACACCGCAUCGCACUAUCCUCAGUAGUCUCAAUUAGUAGUCUCCCCCUUGGUCCACCCUUCCGCCCAUAAUAGAGCAAUAUGCAAAAAAGGAUUAGCUUUAAUUAGAUAUUUGGCACACGGUACACUUUUCAGAGCGCGCCAGUUAAUUAGCAACCGUGGUUGCGGCUCUUAAUUAUGACGGUUGGCCAGGAUAGGUUUCCCAGGAGAUGCGGCUCGGCACAGCCGGAACACAUACAGUAUUCCAUAUCUAAUAUAGAGUUGGUUUGGAGGACACUAUGAGCCCAAAACUGGCAAUAGACUCGAAGCCAAAAGGCUAUAAACUCAUCCAUUAAAUCAGUUCAAGUUGUGAGCAAACAACACUUUAGCAAUUUGCGCUACAUAUUUUUGCAAAAAUAUACAAGUGCAUAAAAAUACCAGCAGUAGCAAUCCUCAUGGUUUAGAGUUUUUGCCCCCCAACUUUCAGGGCAAUUUUAAUAAUAAAGCCGCGUUGGUCGCAAAAUAGGCUCCGCAAAAACAUAAACCCUCCGUACUUACAAGCCUACCAUUCCAUACCAUACCGUACCAUAGCGACCCACAACCCACUCAGGUAGGCAGUGAUGUGUGCUGGUGUUGGAAAAUUGCAAGCCAACAUAAAUUUAUGUCUGCCUGACACUUUUAUGUGCGACGCUGGCGGUUUUAGCUUUUUACGUCCUUUCGGUCGCGUUUUUAGACGUUACAGUGAAAGAAAUAAAUUCUACUAUUUACUAAAGAGAAAAUAAUCAAAAUGUAGCUUUAAAAUAGGGUUUGAGUUUUAAAGUUAAUGUUUCAACAGUGCAUACUUUUUUUUAAUUUUUUUCAUAGACCUGUUUUAAAGUUUAGAAUCGUUUUAAAGUGUAGUCAAAAUCAUGCCAAUGUUUGGCUUAGCCUGUCCACAAUUAACUGGCGAAUGCGAGCACACAGGUGAGCAGAGUUUCACCUGGACAUCGUGUGUGUGUUUGUGUGUGUGUGUAUUCGUGUAAAGGCGCUUAUUUUUAGCCUGAAAGGUCGUCACAGCUGUGCUGCCUGUAAAAGGACAGCUGCUGCUCUGAGUCCAACACCCACACACCCACGCAGGAUAAAGGAUAAAGGUGUUUGCUUUAAAUGGGCCUAGGUCGAACGUCCUCCCCAGUUCCUUUUCCUCCACUGAGAUGAAGCCAUAAGUGCGAUGCUGUGUCAGAGAGUCCAAAAGUGUGUUAUGGAUAUUUAUGAAAACAAAUAUAAAUAAAACGAUACCAAGAAACCAAAAUUAUUUAAACGCUUUCUAUGUAGUGUACUAAGGACCAAUUACCAAAGAGACAUGCGGAAAUAAUUAAUGAAUAUACCAUUAAAGUAGCAGUAGAGUAUUACAAAAUUUGCAAUAUAUACAUAGAACCACAUACGGCAUAAUAAAUAUUGACUCAAAUACCAUUUAGUAAUUAUACAACCAAAUAUAUAUACACCUUACAGCGUAUACAAGAAAAUCGAGAAAAACUUAAUAAAUACAAUUAGUUUGUUUAGUGGAUCAAGUGUUUGCAUUAUUCGAGUUACAACCUUUGAAAAAACCAAUCCGAAAACCAAAAAAUAUAUAUAUAUAUUUAAUGAAUUAACUCUGUACUGUUAAAAUACUAUUAGCUCAAAAUAAAGCUCGUCGUCUGGGACGAGUGGCUCUGUAUAAAAUGAAAUGGUAAACUGUAAUAUACACCUACGAAUAAAUACUUAACUAACUAACUAACUAAGUUUUAAUACUUAAAACUUAACUUUGAUAUAUGAUAAAUAUAUUUUAUAAAAAACUUUUACUCUUAAACAAUAAACAAUUUUAAUACUCUGUCUUCAGCCUUACCGUAAACGAAAUAAAUGAAACUAAAAAAAAGUGAAAUAACUCCUUAAGUAGAGCUCCAAAAGCGCAUGUGCAAUGAAAUCUAGCCUAACCAAUGUAAGCCUAAAACCAACGAAAUCUAUUGCAAGUUGUUAGUUAUGUUUAUCUAUGUAAAUAAGCUUUAAACUGGUUAUCUUAAUAUUUCUUCAAUAUUUUGAUUUCUUCAACCAAUUUCGUUAGAGAGCGUUUGAGUAUUUGAGUCGUUGAAACCAAAACCAACCGAUAACGAAAACAAAAACCUUUGUGAUCCAACAAGUUUCUUCUCUUCCAUGAAGCAAAAACCAAAUGUUACCAAUAUUUAAAAUAAUUAUGUAAUUACAUUAACUUAAUUAGCUGAGACGUUCAAUGAUUUCGACAGGCAUUUAGUAAAGGAAAUAUAUGAACAAUGAAGAUACCUAAAAUAAAUGAAAGUAUGAAAGCCAAAAAAA